AUGCGAGAUAAUGGUGUCUGUUUGGCUAUUAUUCCAAAAGGUUGUACUCAAUAUAUUCAACUUUUAGAUGUAUAUGUAUUUUCGUCUUUUAAAAAUCAUUAUUACGACUGUGCAGAAGAAUUUCUUGAACUCAAUGGACCUCGAUCAAAAUUGAAAUUAACAUCUUCUCAAAGACGUAUAUUAUGUACUAGACUAACUUCGUCAGCAUGGGCUCGUACUUUACAACCAAUUGAUUUUCAAAAUGCAUUUCGUUCAUUAGGUUAUACUUGGAUAGAUAAUGCGAUUAUCCAACCAAGUCACAUCAAAUGGUACAAAUUCGAUCCAAAUUCUAUUGAAUCGAUUGAAGCAGAGAUUGAUGAUCAAAAUCAUGUUGUAGAAAAACAACAACAGGUGAUUGUUAAUGCAAAUUCGACAAUGAAAACUCAACAUAAACAACUAAGCUUGAAGGACAUGUGGAAAAAGUGA